CUCCGCAAAUUUGCAUCCGUAUAUCUCCCUAAAGAUUAUUUCCUUGAAAAUGUUCCGAAGAAGAUGGGGAAAUAUAUCGAGAACGAUCUUGUUGCGAGGCAGUCCUGCAAACAGAGUGGCGCAGUGGAGUUUAACUAUAUUGAUUUCCGCUAUAUGGAUUUAUAAAAGUGAAAAGGCUAAUCCUCGUAAUCGUGGUAUAUUCUUCAGGGAUAACAAGGCACAGGCAUUCACCCUCGAUGAAGUGGAAGAAUGGAACGCAAAAUUUAAAAGUUCUGGACAAAAGUAGUCUUUUUAUUCUGUGUAACAUGCAAGCUUUACGUUUCUGAGAUGGUAAAAAUCAGUUUUCUUUAUCAACAAAGGGACGUAACAAACCAGUUUGCUAAAUGUUGGUAUAUUUUGUACUAUAAAACUCACCCUGCCGAAUUAUACAGGGGUAACUCAACUGGUUUGAUGUGGUUAUUCUCAGAUUUUUGGUCUUUAACUUCCAAAACCCAAGCAAAAAUCAAAGACACGGAUUGAUUACCCUCAUCAGUUCUAAUCGUAUUUUCAUCACAAUCGUAGAAGCCGUUUAAAAUCUUUAUAUUAUCCAAACGCAUUGUUUCACUUGUUCUUUUCAAUGGAAUUUCAAGGUACUUGGUACUAUUUAUUGUACUAUACAGUAAAAGGUCGUGUAUAUUGCAAUUGUUUCUUUCUGAUAUCGCAAACUUUAAAGCUUCCAUCAGUACUUCUGGUGAUGUAAAGUGGUCAAAAUU